AUGGAGGCUUGGGAGCGAGUUUGGGGUCGAUUGGACGAAGAUCGGACGCGUGGCGAGGUGCUAAGGAAGCUGCACGGGCAUUCCUGGACAUCACACGGCCAUGCAACUCACAUUUGUGGCCGUGUGGUUUUCGUCGAGAGCAUGCACGGGCAGGAUGGAAAUCCCGCACGGCCGUGCGACCCUGGCCGUGUGGGAAGCCUAAGAUCGAACUAA